AUGCUAGCUCCCCGGCCGCCUCGGCAAGGUUCGCUUGGAUGUAUGGGGUCGAGGCCACUGCUUAUGCUUGUAUCGGCGCUCAUCAUAUGCGUCACAUUUCUGACCAACGUGGAUGCAGCUCGUACCACAACCACUCGAGGUAUGGCUCCGGCUCUCAAUCGCAGAUAUGCACAAGCAUACACUUCGAUCUUCAGCAACGCAUCCAUCGCUGACAUCCCUGGAAGGCCACCAAAUUGUCCACCAUGUCCUGAACCUGACUGUUUCAAUUGUCAGCUGCCAGCAUACGAAUGCUACCAGUUCGGAGAGUGCAACGAAUACGACGGCCUAUGCAAAUGUCCUGUCGGGUUUGGUGGACCUGACUGUCUGUCACCUCUCUGUGGAUCACCAGCUGACGGAUCCAAGCGUUUCCCCAAGGGAGAGCCUGGUGAGAACAAGUCUUGCCAGUGUUCGGAUGGCUGGCACGGUCUCAACUGCAAUGUCUGUAAGACAGACGCCGCUUGCUCCAAUUUUCUUCUUGGCGGCGAGCGUCUCGGCGAGAACGGCACUUGCUACGAUGGCGGUGCUACAAUCCAGCAAAGCUUUCAAGAGUGCGAUGUGACCAACCAAAAGAUCGUCGACAUGCUUCCUGGUCGUCCGCCACAAGUCACGUUCAGCUGCGAUAAGAGCGAUGCCAGCUGCAAUUUUCAAUUCUGGAUCGGUGCUCGUGAAUCUUUCUACUGCGGCCUUAGUGACUGCCAAGAGUCGAUCGAAAUUGGUAAAUCUUCCAACCGAACUUCGUACGAUUGCAAGAAGGUUAGCUGCCAGUGCAUUCCUGGCCGCAUGCUAUGUGGCGAGUCAGGAAGCAUCGACAUCUCAGAGUUUCUUACUGAAGAGAUCAAAGGCCCAGGAAAGAUGUCGUGCAAGGCGGAUCCCGAUGGUGUUCGCAAGUGUCGCUUUGAAGAGCCGGGGAUGAAUGGUCUCAUCUCGGAUGUUUUCGGAGACGAAGCCAUCUUCAUCACUUGCAAGUCCGGAGAGUGUAUCCACUUCAGCCAAGUGCCCGGCUACCAGGUGCCCAUUGCGCCCGAGAAACCAGUCACUUGGGUAGUCAUCAGCGCCAUCGCCGCCAUUUUGAUCGUCAUCCUCUCAAUCAGCUUGCUUUGGAUGCUAGGACGUCACUACAAGGACGACGAGGUGCGCCUCGGUAACGUACGCCUACCAGAGGAGGAAGCAGAUCUCAUGAAAGAUCACAUUCCCGCUGCACUUCAUUGGGAGAAUGUCGGCUAUCGGAUCGGCUCGAAAGCGCUGCUAGAUGGUAUCACGGGCUCCGUCAAGCCCGGCGAAGUCAUGGCUAUCGUCGGUGCCAGUGGCGCCGGAAAAACAACCUUCCUUGACAUCCUUGCUCGACGCGAAAAGCGUGGAAUCACUUCUGGUACCGUGCUCAUCAACGGCAGGAAAAUGUCAAAUCAGGAAUACAAGCGUGUCGUCGGCUUUGUGGAUCAGGAGGAUCUGCUCAUGGAAACAUUGACCGUCUACGAGACAGUGCUCUACUCGGCUCUUUUGCGCCUGCCUAGAGACAUGUCGCUCGAGGCCAAGAAAUUCCGCACGCUCGAGACUAUGCAAGAGCUUGGCAUUCUCGGUAUCAAAGACAGCCGCAUCGGUGGCUCAGGCUUCACUGCUGGUGGCAGCAAAGAGGGGCGUGGCAUCAGCGGCGGUGAGAAGCGUCGGGUUUCAAUCGCCUGCGAACUCGUGACGAGUCCGAGCAUUCUGUUUUGCGACGAGCCGACGUCGGGCUUGGAUGCGUACAAUGCGUACAAUGUGGUACAGUCGCUCGUGACGCUUGCCAAGACGUACAAUCGCACUGUAAUCUUUUCGAUCCACCAGCCGAGGUCCAACAUCGUCGCCUUGUUCGACAAGCUCCUGCUGCUGGCAGAGGGCCGCGUGGUAUACUCAGGUCCGUUCAACCGCUGCGGAGACUACUUUGACCAGGUUGGCCAUCCCUGUCCACCAGGUUUUAACAUUGCCGACUUCUUGAUUGAUCUCACCGCUCGUCGUAGCCCUGUGGCGACAGAUGAUGUCGAGCAAGAUGUCGAGGGAGGUGGUUCGGCAGGCAGCUCGGGUCCACGGAACGAUACCGGCAUCGUCACGACUGGUACGAGCUCACGGGACGAAUCCACCGAGCUCAGGACGAGGCGCAACUCGAUGGUGGAAGACAGCUCUUCGUCUGGAGGUGUGCGCAAGAAGACAAGUCGAAUUGCGAAUGGGUUGCGCAGUGCGUUUGCCAAUGGUCAGGGCAACGGUCACGAUGUUUGGAUUCCAGCGCUGAGCAGCGGAAAGCUGGUGCAUCUGGUUAACUCGUUCGCCGAGUCGGACAUGUCGAACGAGACCAAGCGCGAGCUUGACGCAUUCCUCGGACGGCAAUCUGAAGGAGUGGUCAACGAGCUGCCAGACGUUGGCAGCCAAAGCUCGUUGCUGCGCUCGUACAAGAAGGCGGGCUUGUGGACGCAGUUCAAGAUCCUGUCGGGACGCGCAUUCAAGAACUUGUACCGCGAUCCGAUCCUCAUGUUUGCGCACUUUGGACUGGCGAUCGUGCUCGCGCUGUUUUGCGGCGUGCUGUACCACGGCGUAACUAACGACAUUGCUGGAUUCCAGAAUCGACUGGGACUGUUUUUCUUUAUUCUGUCGUUGUUCGGGUUUUCGUGCCUCACGUCGCUCGGCGUGUUCGCCAACGAACGUGCACUGUUUGUGCGCGAACGCAGCAACGGAUAUUACAGCCCGCUGACGUACUUUACGAGCAAACUGCUGUUCGACAUGCUGCCGUUGCGCGUGGUUCCGCCAUUCCUGUUCGGCGGAUGCGUGUACUUCCUGGUUGGACUGGUGCCUGGAGUGGCCGAGUUUUGGAAGUUUGUGCUCACGCUCGUCCUGUUUUCGUUGUGCGCUUCGUCGGCUGUGUUCUUGAUCUCGAUCGCUAUCGAGGACACGGGCGUGGCAAAUCUGGUGGGCUCGCUCACCAUGCUUUUCUCGUUGCUCUUUGCCGGUCUGCUCAUCAAUCGAGAUCGCAUCCCUGCGUAUCUGCGCUGGCUCCAACACCUCUCGUUCUUUCACGCUGCCUACGAAGCUCUUAUCGUCAACGAACUUAGGAACCUCAGCCUCAAAGAACACAAGUAUGGCAUCGACAUCGAAGUGCCCGCUGCCAGCAUCAUCAGCUCGUUUGGCUUCAAUAGCCAGGCAUUCUGGUUCCCCGAUAUCGUCACGCUCGCUGCGCUGUUUGGCGCGUUCACCUUGGCGAGUCUGGUUUGGCUCGUGCUGUUUGUUCGCGAGAGAAAGUAG